AUGGAUCCGUUUUCCCUUACUUCUCCCGGCCCUGUGAACAUAGACGUAGGGUCUUCUGAUGUUCCUAAACCGGUGGAAAGGAGAAAGUGGACAACACAAGAAGACUUAGUCCUCAUAAGUGCUUGGUUAAACACCAGCAAGGAUCCCAUAGUUAGUAACCAGCAUAAGUUAGGGUCGUUUUGGAAAAGAAUUGAGGAUUAUUUCAAUUCCAGCCCUCAGCUCACAGGCUUUGCUUCUAGAGAGUGGAGUCAGUGUAAGCAGAGGUGGGGAAGGCUCAAUGACCAGGUGUCUAAGUUUGUGGGAAGCUAUCAGGCCGCUUUGAAGGAGCAAGCUAGUGGCCAAAAUGAGAACGAUGUCAUGAAGUCUGCCCAUGACAUCUUCUUCAACGACUACCACGGCAAGUUCACACUUGAACAUGCGUGGAGGGAGCUGCGGUUCGAUCAAAAAUGGAGGUCUAUCUCUUUACCAAGAGAUGGUGCAAAGGAGAAAAGGAAGGAAGCUGCAGAGACGGUACCUGACUCGGAAGAGGAGAGUCAAGCAGAAGUUCCUAGGUUGAUGUCGUCUCCUCUACGGAAAGCCUUUCUAAUGUCGGUGAAAUGCGUGGGAUUCGCAAUCAAAUUCGGGAUCAACAGAUACAUCAUCGUUUGA